AUGCAUGUUCAUCAUCAUCAACCAGAGGGACCGGCAGCUCAUGUCUCUGAAAUAGGAGAGGUGCAAGUGGAACAGAUCCAAGUCAACUCAGUUCUCACAUCCAAACACAUCCACCCAGUUAUCACAGAUCAUAUUGUGGGUGCAGAUGAAGAGGCAUUGGCUGCUCUUGGUUAUAAGCAAGAAUUCAAGCGUGAGUUUGGAUUGUGGUCUUCGUUCUCGGUUUCUUUCUCUUUGUUAGGUCUCUUGCCAUCAAUUGCAUCUACACUCGUAUAUGGUCUUGGUUAUGCCGGAACUGCUGGCAUGACCUCAGGUUGGAUCGGUAGUAUGGUCGGUAUUCUAGCAGUAGCCUGCUCCAUGGCUGAAUUAUGUUCUUCUAUGCCUACUUCGGGUGGUCUUUAUUAUGCCGCUGCUGUCUUGGCACCUCCUGGUUGGGGUCCUCUUGCUGCUUGGAUCACUGGAUGGAGUAACUGGUUGUGUCAAGUCACAUCUUCACCAUCUAUUGACUAUGCUCUUGCCUCCAUGAUGUUGGCACUCAAGUCUAUGCACGACCCUAGCUACAGCGCAUCCAACUACCAAAUCUAUUUAUUAACUGUUGCCAUCAUGAUUGUUCAAUCUAUAAUCUCAUCAAUGUCCACCAAGUUCUUGGCCAGAUUCAAUUCUGCUGGAACUAUUUUCAACAGUAUUGCUUUGGUCAUCGCUUUCAUUGUUAUUCUUGCCGGCAAUGAACGUGAUUCUCCUAAAUUCAAUAAGAGUUCUGACGUUUGGGGAACUAUUGACAAUCAAACUGAAUGGCCCAAUGGAAUUGCUAUGCUUAUGUCUUUUGUGGCUAUCAUUUGGACCAUGUCUGGUUAUGAUGCCCCCUUUCACUUGGCCGAGGAAUGUUCUAAUGCUGCAGUUGCCUCGCCACGAGCUAUUGUUAUGACUGCUUCGAUUGGUGGUAUUUUUGGCUGGAUUCUACAAAUUGCUAUCGCUUACACAGUCACUGAUAUCAACGCCGUUUUCGAGGAUGAGCUCGGUCAGCCUUUUGUUACCUACCUGACCCAAUGUUUGUCUAACAAGCUUGUUAACUUCAUCACUGCUCUAACCAUUGUCAGUGCCUUUUUCAUGGGUCAAGCUUCGAUGAUUGCUGCGUCUCGUGUAUGCUAUGCCUACUCUCGUGAUGGCUGCUUCCCAGCAUCGUUUAUUAUGGCCACUGUCAACAAGUACACUGGCACACCAGUGAACGCUGUUUGGUUCAACACUAUCAUUGGAUGUUUGCUCCUGCUUCUCAUUUUCGCUGGUGAUGUUGCCAUUGGUGCUAUUUUCUCAGUUGGUGCUAUCGCCUCGUAUGUUGCAUUCACUAUUCCUAUUGCCAUGAGAAUCUUCUUCGCACGCAAAACUUUCAGAAAGGGCCCAUGGCACCUUGGAAAUUACUCUUUCCCCAUUGGUCUCCUGUCAUGUAUGUUUGUCCUGGUUAUGAUCCCUAUUAUGUGUUUCCCAUGGGCCCGUGGUGCUGACAACACACCUGACCAGAUGAACUGGACCUGUGUGGUGUACUUUGGCCCCAUGCUAAUUGCCAUCUCAUGGUACUUCAUCUAUGCCCGCACCUUCUUCAAGGGACCCAAGGUCAACAUCGAGCAUGCUAUUUAUGACACUGCUGAUGACCAAGUCGUGGUCAACAACCCUACUGGAGUAUAUGACGGUGUUGAGACAACCCCAUAUCACAGUAGCGAAAAGUCAAAAGAAGUCUAA